AUGUUGAGAGACCAUAAUCUCUUCCUGUAUCGAGCAGGUCUGCCAUCAUGUCGCAUUAAUGGUUGUACCCCCGAAGGUCGGGCAUCGUUUCUCCACCAACCACCAACACCCAACGUCGUUUACGAUGUGGAUGUUGCCAUCGUUAAAGCUACAAAUCAUGUCGAAUGCCCACCCAAAGAGAGACACAUCAGAAAAGUUUUGGCUGCUACAUCUGCGAUUCGGCCUCGAGCAGAUGUACAGUAUUGUUUACAUGCCCUAGCAAGACGAUUAGCCAAGACUCGCAAUUGGACGGUAGCAUUGAAGACGCUAAUAGUUAUACAUAGGGCGCUAAGGGAAGCUAAUUUCAAGGAUGAUUCAAGCCCUAUUGAUUGGGAUUGUUCUGCUUGGGUUCGUACAUAUGGACUCUUCUUGGAAGAACGACUUGAAUGCUUUAAAAUCUUGAAAUAUGACAUUGAAGCCGAACGUAUCCCUAGACCUGCUCAAGAUGAAGAUAAUAAGGGUUACAGCAGAACUAGGGAUUUGGAUAGUGAACAAUUAUUGGAGCAAUUGCCCUCAUUACAACAACUAUUAUACCGUCUUAUGGGAUGCAGGCCUGAAGGGGCAGCUGUUGGGAUUAUAAAAAAACUCAGUUGGGUUCUAAUUUUCGUCCUUUGUUUGAGGAAAUGAAGAUGCUUCUACAAAUGGAAUGUUGGAGUGCUAAUAUACAACCAAACAAUACAAAGUGGAGAAGAUCUUGACUUAUUCAUUUAUGAUUAUAUAAUAAUAGUUAAUUGUUUUUAUUCUAAUUUUUGUUUAUGUUGUAUUCAUAUGUGAUUAUAAAAAAAUAGAUAUGUAUUACAUUGUAACUUUUUGUGUUAUUAUUUAUGAAUAGAUGUACAAUCU